AUGCUGACCACAAUCAAGAACCAUCUCUCUCCUGCAGAGUUAAUAUGUGCUUUGAGAUUCAAUGCUACAAAUGUAGCAGACAUGAAUCCAGCUAAACCCGCAAUAACCCAUCUGAAGAUCUCUAAUGGCACAACAGAGAGACACUGCAGAAACGACAUUUUCUUAGUCUCGGGGAUGAAGACGAAUAGGGAAUAUCCGUAUAGACAGAAGAGUUGGACUAAGCCUGAUGGUGCAGAGAAGUACUUGAGAACAACGUAUAAUGCGAGAGGGACAAUAGUUACAUAA